AACCCAAUUACCCAAUUCCAUAUUCACUCAAAUUUUCCCCAAUUUUUAAACCUAAUUUGUCAAUUGUAUACCAGAAGCAAUAAUCGACUGGGUUCAUCUCCCCCACACUACUCGCUACCACGUACCAGUUAAUCAGGUGAGUUUAAUUUAAUAAUUUAAUUAGCGGCUGAAGAAUGGUUGAAACCUUGUUUGAAGACAUAUUUAGGGUUGAUCAGCUUGACCCGGAUGGCAAGAAAUUUGACAAAGUUAAUCGCAUUGAAGCAAGGAGCGAUCAGCUUGAUAUGUACAUGCAGCUGGAUGUGAAUACAGAGGUUUAUCCUAUGCAUGUCGGUGAUAAGUUUAUGAUGGUUUUAGCAUCUACCUUAAAUUUGGAUGGAACUCCCGACACUGGCUUUUUUACUCCGGGUGGCAGAAAGUCUCUUGCUGACAAAUUUGAGUAUGUGAUGCACGGCAAAUUGUACAGGAUAUCCGAGGAAGGGUCCGGAGCCAAUGUUAAAGCGGACAUUUAUGUUUCAUUCGGCGGUUUAUUAAUGUUGUUGAGGGGCGACCCCUCAAUUGCAGCUAAAUUUGAGCUUGAUCAGAGGUUAUUCAUCCUUAUGAGGAAGGUGGAUAAGGCUUAGUUCAACAUGUCUUAAUCUGUGUUCUGGAGCAGGCUACUGCUAAGUUAUGACUACUGAGAAUUAAUCAAUAUCAAUCAGAUGUAAAAUAUGUUGACAACUAUAAGUUGCUCAUAAAUUAUGUGUACCUUUGAGCUUAUGAUUGGUGAUGAUUUCCAUUUUUGGACUUGCUUGGAUUUUUUUGCUUUGUCAAGUAGAAAUUACUAAAUUCAUGUGGAUUUCGA